AUAGAACGUUAGUUCAGUUUUUCAGCAGAGUUUGUUGAGAGAAAAGGAAAGGAAGAGAGAGAAACAAAACACCCCCGAAGAAAUCUCCCCUCUUUCUCUCUCUUCUGUAUUUCUUUUUUUUUUUUUUGGCGCACAAACUUUGUAAGAAAACUACACCCAACAACCAUUGAAAGGGGCUUUCUUGUGCAUACUUUCCGAAUUUAUCUUUUUUUAGCAGAUUGUUUCGCACUUUUUUUUUUUCGUUUUCGUAUUGUUUGGGGUUUUUUUUUUUUGAAUUCAGUUUGAAUCGGCGAUAGAAGAACAUGCCCAUUCUCGAUUCUGAUUUGCAUUUCAUUUCUCGUGAAUUUCGGAAUUGGUGUAGUAUUAGGGAUUGUAGGAGAUUUCGUUCUUGUUGUUGUUUGAGGCGAGCUUUGUUGAAUUAGAAUUAGGUUUUCGUUUGGGGUUCCUUUUUUUAGGUUUUUAUUGGGUGUUGAUCAUUUGGUGGAAAAAAGAUGAUCAUUUUGUAAAUUCUUCGACGGUUUUCUUUUCCAAUUGCUCGUAAAUCCAAUCGAUUUUACCCGAUUUUUUUUUUUUUUAAUUUUCUGUGAUUUAGUUCAAUUUGGGUUAUCUGAAAGAUGUAUAUAGAAGAACUGAAAGAGGGGGAUUCUGAGUGUGGUGAUCAGCAAGUUUGUGCGCUUUAUAAAGACGCGUUGGUUGUGUGGGACCCGAAAAGGGUUCUGGUUGGAGCAGGCGCUCGGGCUCUCUUCUAUCCAACAUUGCUGUAUAAUGUUGUCAGAAAUAAGAUUCAAUCCGAGUUUCGGUGGUGGGAUAGGGUUCAUGAGUUUCUUUUGCUAGGAGCUGUUCCAUUUCCCACCGAUGUGCCUCGUUUGAAGGCUCUUGGUGUAGGUGGAGUUGUUACAUUGAAUGAACCAUAUGAGACUUUAGUUCCAACUUCACUAUAUCACGAUCACUGCAUUGAGCACUUGGUGAUUGCUACCAGAGAUUACCUUUUUGCUCCAUCGCAUGCGGAUAUAUGCCAGGCUGUAGCAUUUAUCCAUGACAACGAAGUUUGUGGAAAAACUACAUACGUACACUGCAAGGCUGGCCGAGGAAGAAGCACCACAAUCGUUCUUUGUUACCUGGUAAAGCACAAGCAAAUGACCCCACAGGCUGCAUAUAAUUACGUGAGGGCCAUUAGGCCGAGGGUGUUGUUGGCCCCUGCUCAAUGGCAGGCUGUACAAGAUUACUACAGUGGAUUGAUGAAGAAAGCAGAAGAGGGGGAGAUAUGUGUGGCUAAUUUACCGAGAAGGAUUAUGGGGUUAUCGGAUAAAUUCGAAGUGGAAGAUUUUGACGAGAAUUCGUUGGUGUUGAUUACGGAAUCGGACCUGGAUGGGUACGAGGAGGAAAACCACCCUGAUUGGGGGAAGAAGGUGGUGGUAGCUGGUGGUGGUGCUGAAGUGAACCUUGCAUGUAAGGUACAGUUUGCUAGCCAGGCUGCUAUUUCUCGAAUUUCGUGUUUCUGGCUUCGUUGCCAAACAGGGCAUAAGGUUUCGAGAAAGAAGCUUUCUGAUACAGCGAGGAGCAGCAGUCGAAUGAGGAGUAUGGGGGUUGAUAUCCAUGUCUUUUGAAAUAGGGGUUUGUGACACCCCACCCCACCCCCCACCCACCCAUCCUUAGGUGGCUGUAGGGGGGAGUAAGAUGGGUUUUUACGAUUUUUUUUUUUUUUUUUUUUUUUUUUUUUUUUUUUUUGUGUAUGAUGGGCUCAAAGGGUGUUUGAGCCUUGGUGCUUUUGCCGAAGAAGCGUUGAGAUGGCGAAUUUGGUAAAUGUACAGUUUACAGAGUCGAGAGUCGGUAAGUUUUAUGUUGUUAGAAACCAAGGGGUUUUAAUUUUUUGUGUUGUUGAGUUGUUGUCAAGGUGCAAGGUUGUGCUUGUGCAUGAACAAUCAAGACAUGUUGGUUUUUUAUUAUAUGUAAUUCUGUAUCUAUAUAUAUCGUGUCUCUCUUGUUGUUCU